AUGCAACAUGAAAGUAAUGAUCCUGUUGUUCACGCUGAUUCAUUGCAUGUUGAGACACUAACAAAUCUAAAUGGCCUAGCCGAAGAGCUUGAUGAUAUAGAAGAAGAAGACUUUGGAUCAGAUGCUGAAGAUGGAAAUCCAGACAUUGAAUUAACCGAUGAAGAAGAAUCUGAAUAA